UUGCCUCCGUUGCUAACAAAACCUAGCCUCUGGGUUAUAUUCUCUAAAUUGCAUUUAGUUUUGAGCUCUCGAGGCUGUUUUCGGUACAGAUAAACAAUGACUUUUUGUUAGCCUGUUAUCUCAAUGAAGUUAUGUUGCUUGUAAUGUCGAUGUUUGUGUGUACUGGAUUCCAUUCAUCAAGACAUUUAACGCUAGCAGCUAGCUUAGGUUAGCUGCCCGUCCUGCGUGUUACGCCAAGUUUGUUUGAUUGUAGCCACAUUAGUUUGCAACUACACAACACUUUAGCUGAUACAGCAGUUUUAUCAACUCAUUGGGACCGUAAAGAGCUUCAGAGAAUGCUGGCGACGGGAGCAGCUGUAACGAACGUCACAGCCCUGGCCCAGGUAGACAGAGAGAAGAUCUAUCAGUGGAUCAAUGAGCUGUCCAGCCCAGAGACCAGAGAAAAUGCCUUGCUGGAGCUGAGCAAGAAACGCGAGUCUGUGCCAGACCUGGCGCCAAUGCUUUGGCACUCCUGUGGCACUAUUGCUGCCCUGUUACAGGAAAUAGUGAACAUCUAUCCAUCUAUAAACCCACCUACACUUACAGCUCACCAGUCUAACAGAGUGUGCAAUGCUCUGGCACUUCUGCAGUGUGUUGCCUCGCACCCAGAGACACGAUCUGCUUUUCUUGCUGCCCACAUCCCUCUUUUCCUUUACCCUUUUCUGCACACUGUGAGUAAAACACGUCCAUUUGAGUACCUGCGACUUACCAGCCUCGGAGUCAUAGGCGCCUUGGUCAAAACAGAUGAACAAGAAGUGAUUAACUUUCUCCUCACCACGGAAAUCAUCCCGCUGUGUCUCCGCAUCAUGGAAUCGGGGAGUGAACUCUCCAAGACGGUUGCUACUUUCAUACUGCAGAAGAUCUUGUUGGAUGACACAGGACUGGCCUAUAUAUGUCAGACGUAUGAACGUUUCUCCCACGUGGCCAUGAUCCUUGGCAAAAUGGUGCUCCAGCUCUCAAAAGAACCAUCGGCUCGCCUGCUGAAGCAUGUUGUCCGCUGCUACCUUCGCCUCUCUGACAAUCUCAGAGCCAGAGAAGCGCUGCGCCAGUGUCUGCCAGACCAGCUGAAAGACAGCACCUUUGCCCAGGUGCUGAAGGACGACACCACCACAAAGCGCUGGCUGGCACAGCUGGUCAAGAACCUGCAGGAGGGCCAAGUCACAGACGCUAGAGGCAUUCCACUGGCUCCACAGUGAUGGGGAUUAAGUGUGUGGUUACAGAAGGACUCUCAUCUCCGCAUAAAUUUUGUAUUUUGCCAAAUGUGGUGCUAAGACUGCAAAGUGAAUGACAUAAUAAAGGAAGUUUUUUUUUUUGCUUUUUGAUAGAUAGUUUUCACCAGUUUCUCUGCCAGUAUGUCACUUCUACAUGAGGUCACUAUAACAACUGAAAAUCUGUUUUUUUAAGAGCCAGACUGACUAAAGCCGAAAUUGAUAUGUGAGAAUAAUUAAUUAUAAUAAGUAUAAAAAUAAGUAAAUAAGUAUAUUGGCUGGUAUUUGUUUGUGAUGUAAAUGUUUUUGGCAAGAUCUCAAACUUGACUUAUAAAGAGAUGGUGGGAUGUUUUACAGUUAGAAAAUAAUAACAGUCAUUUUUAACAGGUUACUUCACUGAAAACUGUAAAUAACUAUAACAGAAAAAUACAAUAAACAUGACAUGAGGAAAAAUGGCCAAAUGUACAUUAAAAUGCAGCUUGUGAAACAUGUAUUGCUGCAGUUACCCGCACUGCAAUUUCUGUCAACAUAUUGAUACUAAUAGAUCAAUGAUAAGCCAGCAUCGGAUGUUGAACAUCAGCUCCUUCAAAGUAUCGGCCAGCCCUUUUCGCAUUCACUGUAACAUUCUGUAUCAUUCCCCUUCAAUGUAGGAACUGUUAUUUUUUUGCUUCUUGCAUUUCAAAUAAGACUUUAAUCUUCUAUAUGAGUGGUUGUUUCUCUUUUUUUGGCUAAUCCUCUGUGCACUGAUAUUACAGUAUAGUAUAGUUCAGUAAAACAGUGGAUGAACAUCUUUAUAGUUUUAUGUGUUUAUUGGCUUUGUAUUCAAUUCCCAUUAAUUUCUGUCUAGAGUGAAAUCUCAAAAACUGCUGUUCAUGACAGUUCAUAAAUAUUGUGUUUUCCACCCAUUCUAGUAUUAAUAGUCCCUCAGACAUGUGGUAAGAGGAACUGCUUUCAGUCUUUGUCAUUGAAAAGACAGUGACUUAAAGGGACUUAAUUUUUUGUGAAAAUGAAAAUGGACAGUUUUAGUUUGGACGCCUGUUUCCAAGUGGUGUUAUUGGCGCCACUGUCCAAAGACAUUUGGUUUGCUUUCCGUUUUUCUCAGAGUCUAGCAACGGGACUCUUUUUCUUUUGGAAGGCAGAGUUUCCACAGCUGGUUGGCCCACCGUCUGCCAUGUUUGCUACUGGAAUGAUUGAGUCACAUCUUCAUGUAC